AUGAAUUCCUCUCGGAUCUUUCAAUUGCCACGGCUAAUUCCUUCCACUCGCGUUUCACUUCUCCCUCGAACAUGCUUGCGAAGUCUCGGCACUGGUACGCACCAGAAUACCUCGGCUCCUUCCAUGUCGCCUUGGACGCGACGUCUCAUCUACGCCGGCAUUUUCGGUUUACUUGGCAUUAGCACGGGAAUAUCAGCGAGGAGUUACGUCUCGCUGCCUUCAAUUCCUGGGUCAGCCGCAGAUCUGACCGAACUCGAGUCCAUCAAACGUACCUAUGAAAAGACACUCCCGAUUGUGAAGCGAUUACGACAACAUCCGGACUAUGUCGAGUCAGAUGUCUACGAAUACUUUUCGGAUGAAAAUAAGACACACCGGCUGACUUCCGGCCCAUUGGCUGGAAGCAGGGGGCUGGGAUUUCAGGUGCGUUGGCCAAGUUCCAUGGCUGCAUCGGGGACUGUCGACGUCUUCAGAGUUUUCUGGAAUGACAAGGACAAGAAGAUUGUUAGUCUCGUGCACUUCGGGACCGGUAGCGAAGGAUGGCCAUUCAUGGUGCACGGCGGCGCUCUUGGCACCGUGAUUGAUGAGAAUCUCGGGCGCGCAGCGAUACGACGUUUUCCGGCUAGGACUGGUGUCACUGCGAACCUCAACGUUAACUAUCGGGCUCCGGUCUACUCGGGCCACUUCUAUUCCUUCCAUACCACCCUCGACCAAGAGCGAAGCACGGACCGGAAGGCGUAUGCCAAGUGUGAGGUACGCGAUAUGGCAGGGGACUUGUGUGUGGAGGCCACCGGCCUUUUCGUUGUGCCCAAAAGGCUCCAACUUCGAACCAUCGGAGAGACCUUCUGA